AUGGGAAAGCGAGAUAAUCGCAUAGCCUACAUGAACCCCAUCGCAAUGGCCCGAUGGAGAGGCCCGUCUCAGCCUGUAGGCCCAACAAUACAAGAUUAUCUGAAUCGACCAAGGCCCACGUGGGAAGAAGUAAAGAAAAAAAUAGAAAGCAAAAAGAAAGGCUCCAAGGCGUUAGCAGAAUUCGAAGAAAAAAUGAAUGAGAAUUGGAAGAAAGAGCUCGAGCAAAGCAGGGAGAAAGCAUUAAGCGGGAACGAGGGCUCAUCCAGAAAAAGAGAACGAAAGAAAAAGAAAAAGAAGAAAUCUUGCCAGUCUUCGCCUUCUUCCUCGAGCUCCGAUUCUUCGAGCAGUUCUUCGGAUUCUGAGGCGGAGCCCAAGAAGCGAGGCAAAAAGAGAAAGAAGAAGAAGAAACACUCGCGCAGAUCGUCAGAAAGCUCUACACAGGCCUCGGAAUCGGAGAGCAGGGAGCCUGGAAAGAAGAAAAAGAAGCCAAAGGAUGAAACAGAGAGAGAAAAGGGUGCUCGGAGCGGCAGCAGGAAAAGGAAGAAAACCGACCCCGAGGACGAGCCCUUGGCCUCGGAGCCUCCCUCGGAAUCGGAGUGUGAAGCGGGGGCGCGAGCGAAAAAGAAGAGACGGCACGAAGAGCGAGAACAAACGACGGAGAAAGCGAAGAAGAAGAAGAAGAAGAAACGCCACAAGAAGCACGGCAAGAAGAAGAAAAAGAAGUCGGCUUGA